AUGGUUCAGAGACCGAAGAUCGAGUAUGUCAUCUUCGACGUGGAUGGACUGCUCAUCGACUCGGAGAGGGUGUAUACAGAGGUCACAAAUAACAUCCUCGCAAAGUAUGGCAAGGAGAUGACCUGGGACAUCAAAGCCGGGCUCAUGGGCAAACCCGAGCGCGAAGCCGCCGCGCACCUCCUCUCCUUCUUCCCCGACCUCCCCUCCGACUUCACCAUCGACGUCUACAUCGAACAGCGGCGCAUCGGGCAAGACGCGCUCUGGCCGACCGUGCAGCCGCUCCCAGGCGUGCUCAAGCUCGUGCAGCACCUGCGCCGGCACAGCGUGCCGAUCGCGGUCGCGACGGGCUCGCAGCGGCGCAACUACGAGCAGAAGAGUGCGCACCUCAUGGACGCGCUCUUCGGGUCCUUCGAGGGGCGCGUCGUGUGCGCGGACGACGGGCUCGUCCGCCCCGGCCGCGGCAAGCCCCACCCGGACGUCUUCCUCGUCGCCGCGGAGAAGAUGCUCGGGCGCAGCGUCGGCGAGGGCGAGGUGGGGGAGCGGAGCCUUGGCGAGGCGCACAGGCGGGAGCGCGCGAAGGGCCUCGUGUUCGAGGAUGCGAUCCCGGGUGUGCAGGCUGGCAAACGCGCGGGCAUGAACGUUGUGUGGGUCCCAGACGCGAACCUCCUGGCGCUUGGCGACGCGGGGCCGACGCUGGACGUCGAACAGCCCGAGCAGACCCUGAAGAGCCUCGAGGAAUUCGUCCCGGAGGAGUGGGGUUUGCCUCCGUAUGAUGCGGGCCCUUAG